GUUCUAAUUUUGACGUCACAUCCAUUGCCAAUUAGAGCGAGAGCGAAGAAAUCAAUGUUUUAUUUUCUUUAAACAUGUUUAAUAUAUGCAAACAGUUAUAGCGAAAUGCCUAUGAGUAAGAACAAAUUCAAUCUUCGUCUGCCGACACAGGCGGGAGAUGGAGACGGCCCUGACGGUGGAGAUAAACCAAAUCCAAACAUUGAAUCCCUAACACAGAAGUUAAAGGAGCUAGACAUAGACGACCAACAAAGGCAGAGGUUGGAGAUUUUCUUAACACAGAAACAGAAAGUUGGUGAACUAACUGUAGAUGUCUUUGACAAGAUUGGAGAACUUGGUGCAGGCAAUGGUGGAGUUGUAAUGAAGGUCCGCCAUCUUCCUACAGGCCUUAUAAUGGCUAGGAAGUUGAUUCACUUAGAAAUAAAACCAGCAAUACGUAACCAGAUUAUACGAGAAUUAAAAGUGCUGCAUGAAUGUAACUCACCAUAUAUUGUUGGUUUCUAUGGGGCUUUCUACAGUGAUGGAGAAAUUAGCAUAUGUAUGGAAUAUAUGGAUGGUGGUUCGCUAGAUUUAAUAUUACGGAAAGCAGGGAGAAUACCAGAACCAAUUCUAGGGAAAUUAACAUCAUCAGUACUUAAAGGGUUGAUAUACCUGAGAGAGAAACACUCAAUUAUGCAUAGAGAUGUGAAACCUUCAAAUAUCCUUGUAAAUUCACGAGGUGAAAUAAAGAUCUGUGACUUUGGUGUGAGUGGCCAGUUAAUUGAUUCAAUGGCAAAUUCUUUUGUUGGAACAAGAUCUUAUAUGUCGCCGGAGCGACUGCAAGGGACCCAUUACACAGUUCAGUCUGAUAUCUGGAGUGUCGGGCUCUCCCUAGUGGAAAUGGCGAUUGGGCGAUACCCUAUACCACCGCCUGAUCCCAAAGACCUUGAAGGUAUGUUUGGUGAAAACGUCAUGGAAGAGCAUUUAGAGGCAGCACGUACAGGCAAAACAUUAAAAGGAACGAAACGGCAUAGUUAUAACUUUCCAACGCCGUGUGCUCCAGGGCCUGGCUCUGAUGGGCCGCGGCCAAUGGCCAUUUUUGAGCUUUUAGAUUUCAUUGUAAAUGAGCCACCGCCGACAUUACCUGAAGGAAAAUUUUCAGAAGAGUUUAUAGACUUCGUUAAUAGAUGUUUGAAAAAGAACCCAUCGGAGAGAGCUGAUUUGCAUUCUUUAGCUACGCAUCCGUUUGUGAAGAAAGCUGAGUCAGAAGACAUAGAUAUUGGAAACUGGGUUUGUAAAGUGAUGGACAUUAAACCAGAUAGUAAGGGCUGAUCAGUAAACAUUCCAGUACACACCAGGAGGGCUGGUCAACAUGUUCAUUAAACUACAUAUUACUGCUAACAAUUAGAAUUACAACCUCUUAACCUGUGAAAAUGUGUGUCUAAGGUCUAUGAGACUUUCUCCUGUCUGGACGAUUGAUUGUAUUUAUACUUGGACACAAUGAGAACAUAAUUGAGCCGUGCCAUGAGAAAACCAACAUAGUGGGUGUGCGACCAGCAUGGAUCCAGACCAGCCUGCGCAUCCGCGCAGUCUGGUCAGGAUCCAUGCUGUUCGCUAACAGUUUCUCCAAUUCCAAUAGGCUUUAAAAGCAAACAGCAUGGAGCCUGACCAGACUGCGCGGAUGCGCAGGCUGGUCUGGAUCCAUGCUGGUCGCACACCCACUAUGUUGGUUUUCCCAUGGCACGGCUCAUAUCACUCUGGGUAUGAGCUAUGACAGAACUGUUUCAUUUCAGUAACGUAACUGUUAUUUUUUUACAGUAGAUUGGGUAAUACUUGCGAUGGCUGUAUUUUUUGUUAAUCGUCGCCAACAUUGCAGUGCGAGGAUUUAAAACUGGUGUGAAUAUUUACCAGCAUUUUGGCCAGUAAUAUAAUCAGCUGGCAAAAUUUUAACAUGAUGAAUAAGCUUCUGACAACCUAAUUGUGAAAUGAAGGCAACAGGAAAAAUAAUGAGUCUAUUGUAAAACAGGUUAUAUUUACAAGUUUUUCAUUUUUGUUUACUUUUGUGGUAAAAGCUAUAUAUAAAUUCAAACUUAAAUUGAACAUUUAAAACCAUUAACUCCAAUAGUAUCACAGAUUCCUUUAAAUGGGAAUAUGUCUCUUGUCAGCCAAGUUUUGAAAUAAAAGUGACACCAAAAUUACCCAGUCUUUUGUAUUUAAGAUAGUGGACACUUAAUAACACUUGUCAGUUUUCAUAUGAUGAUAAAUUCCUGUUUAGCAAUUUUGCUUUCUUCAGAUAUGAAGUAGCUGAACACGGUUAAAACUUUCUGUAAAAUGCUGUUAUUGCAUACAGAGAAUAUAUAAUCUGCUAAUUGCUAUUAUGGGUCCACUGCCUUAAAUGAAAAAUAUAUAUUUGAGCCGUGCCAGGAGAAAAUCAACAUAGUGGGUUUGCGACCAGCAUGGAUCCAGACCAGCCUGCGCAUCCGCGCAGUCUGGUCAGGCUCCAUGCUGUUCGCUUUUAAAGCCUAUUGGAAUUGGAGAAACUGUUCGCGAACAGCAUGGAUCCUGACCAGACUGCGCGGAUGCGCAGGCUGGUCUGGAUCCAUGCUGGUCGCAUACCCACUAUGUUGGUUUUCUCAUGGCACGGCUCAUAUUUCUUUUGUUUCAUUACAUUUCAUUGAAUAUUUGUAUAUCUUUUUAUUGUAUUGUUCACUAUUUCCAAUCUCUCUGAUGGGAUGGGCAGUGCAGUCUGAUCAAUUGAAUUUGCAAACAUUUUAAAGAGUUUUUCACUUUAAAGGUUGUAUUGAGAUUUAUGGUUUUGUUUCAAGGCUCUAAGAAAAAUGACCAACAUGUUUUAAUCAGAUCAUCAUAAUCACCGAUAGACCAUGACUCAAGUUAUAAGCUGUUUGGAAACCUGUCCCAAAUCUCUAGAACCUUAUUGGUUGUUCAAUAGAAUUAGAUUGGUUGUUUCAAUAUCUAACACACUUACCUUACCAGACUAAGUUAAAACUUGGUUGUAUCAAUAUCUAACACACUUGCCUUACCAGACUAAGUUAAAACUUGGUUGUUUCAAUAUCUAACACACUUACCUUACCAGACUAAGUUAAAACUUGGUUGUUUCAAUAUCUAACACACUUACCUUACCAGACUAAGUUAAAACUUGGUUGUUUCAAUAUCUAACACACUUACCUUACCAGACUAAGUUAAAACUUGGUUGUUUCAAUAUCUAACACACUUACCUUACCAGACUAAGUUAAAACUUCAAAAAUUUGGAUUGGUUUGGAAGUUAUUAAGUUCUGAAUACGUAAGUUCAAAAUCUGUUUUAAAAAAAGAGCAAUUUUGCUUUAGCACUGGUGGCUGCCCAAAUAUGUAUAGUGUAAAGGGAUCAUUGUUGAGCCAGUGGAGUUUUCUAUGUUACACAAUUACAUGUCUUGUAAUUUUGGUAUGAAAUUUUGAUACUGUGAAGAAAUUGCUUGUGCAUCAUUUUGUGUGUGUACCAGUGUUAAAACCUUUUUUCCCCAAUCUCUGCCUUAUGCUGGACAAAUUAUAUUUAACAUGAUUGCUUUCUCAGAUGUCUUGUUACUUAAACGUUAUAGUCACUGUGAACUACGAACAAAGGAUUUGUUUUAUACUGUGUAAGUCAAGUGAUAUCUGUGUUAAAAAUCUUCAUCUACUAGUUCAUUCUAUUUAUGAAUGUGUUAGGAGUAUGGGAUUUCAUACUUAGACAGUUAUAAAUCAGAUACGGCCAUUUAAGUAGGUCAGUGUGUUUUUAUUUAAGAAUCGGUUAUUUGAUGUGUUCAAUACAGUGUUUAGCUGAAAUGAAGCUGUAUCAAAGUUCCUCUCCGAGGUUGACUUGUUUUCAGCACAAGUAAAACGUGUACAGGGUCAGUGGUUAUUAAGGUGAUAUUUGAAACCAGUCUCAAGUAUCUGAUUGGUUGAAGUCAGAUUAAGUCUUUAAAUUGACCAAUGGCAUGGCUGCAUUAGACUGGUCUUCAAACUGGUUUAAAACGUGUACAGGGUCAGUGGUUAUUAAGGUGAUAUUUGAAACCAGUCUCAAGUAUCUGAUUGGUUGAAGCCAGAUUUAGUCUUUAAAUUGACCAAUGGCAUGGCUGCAUUAGACUGGUCUUCAAACUGGUUUAAAACCUCUGAACCAGAUCAUUUGAGAUUAUUUUGCAGCCGAAGCAACGCCAGAUCUCUUUACAUUUUAAAUUUAGGUUGCAUCUUUCACUUACCAUCUGAUUAGAAAAGCUUACUAUAUGUAAAUGGCUUCUAGAGAUACUAGUAAGUACAUAAUAACCACUAGGGGAUGUUAUUAAUAAAUAUUUCAUUUAGAAUAUAUUUAUGUGUUAACAGAUAAAAAGCACAAAAAUCAAAAAGUGUGUGUUGAUUAUGUUUGUAUUUUGUUGUUGAAGAAUGUUCAGUUUUUUCCCCGUUUUUGUCUCUGCCUCAUUCUCAGGACUUUGUACUAUACUGUGAUAUCAUUUAAUUUUGUGGGUAUCAAAUUUCAUGGUUUCUGCAUAAAUUCCGUGCGAUUUCCAUUAGGACAAGAAUUUGUAGUCUUUAAAUAAUAUAAAAACAGUAAAUAAGAAUUCUUUUUAUUUGUUUGGAUUAAAUUUCAUGGACUGAUGAAAUCCAUGAAAAUUAGCCCCCCACACAUUUUAAUGAUUCCACAGUAUAGUUGAUGUUUUAAUUACCAUAAGAAAGUAGAUUAAAUGAGACCCUUGAAGAGUUUGUUUAAGAGCAAAUAUCAGAAAGUUCACAUUUCUUGAGACUAUAACUUGUGAAAAGUUAUUAAAAAGCUACAUUUUUUGUCUAUUAAACAGUUUUAUGGUUUUCAUAUUUCAUAUUAUAAAGAUAAGUUUGAAAUACAGUUGUAACAGGCAGUUUCUUAGCAAAGAUUAAACAUUUUUUGCUCGAUAUUAACAUGAACGCUUCCUGGUACAGUUUAUUAGCCGUUAUUUUGUAGAGUUAAUGCAUGUUAUAAUAUUUUUAGAAUCUCGGGUGAUUGGUUGGUGCCCCAGCCCGGAAGGUAGCAAGGUAUCCCGAAAGAUUCUGAAGAUGUUAUAUCAUGAAAUGUACAUGCUCUAGCCUUAUUCCAACAUAAAAAAGUGACAAGAACAGCAGAUUUAUGCUAGAAUUGGAGUAAUGUUUACAUAAAUUAUUAACUUAUAUAGUGUUUGUAAGGUCACAGAAAUUAACAUUCUCAUUAAUUAAAUGUAAUAAAAUGUGCUAUUUUCUUGAUGUUACUUUAUUUAGUCCUCAUGUAAUACAGUGAUAUUAUAUGUUAUUAAAGUUAUGUAGAGAAAUAUGCAGAAGUUCUGCAGCAGAAAUAUUGCGUGACUUCAUGAGCAGAAUGUUAUUCCACCAAAUGAACGAGUGCAUGUUUCUCACUGCAAAUUUAAUCACUGGGAAAUCACAUGAUCAAAAUAAUCUCUAAACCAAAGUUAUAUUUUGAAGAACAUAAUGAAUUUCCUACCAUGAUAAGAUAUGAAAUUUAAACAUAGCCUAACAUAUGACUAAUGAAAAUUGUUGAAUUAUUAUGUAGUUGACAAUAAUGAUAGAUACCAUAAAAUUACAAACACUAAGGAAAAUAUGAAGUCUCAGUUUCCUGAAGUGUUCCAGAUAAUCAGAAGGUGACUGUGAUUGAAAUCUAUGUAGUUUUAGGAUACAUCUAUGUUGCAAUAAUGAUAGGCUUUAUUUAAGAUUUACAGAAAAAGUUGCUUCAAUAUUAUCCCAUAUUACUCAUAAAUAUAUUUUGGUUUAGAGAUUAAUAUGAUCAUGUGAUUCCCCACAGUGUUAAUAUUUCAGAAUCAAUGUUUUUUACUCUGUUACAUCUUGUCAUCACGUUUUUCAAAUUUAUAUUUUCAAUUUUAGUAUAUAUAAUAUGUAUAUUUUUGACCACUGUUUAUGAAAAUAAAUUUAGACAAAGUG